AUGCUGGCUCUGGCGGCAGCCGUCACAGCCGAGUGUCCACGCCAUUGCGAAUGCAAAUGGCGCAGUGGAAAGGAAUCGGCCCUUUGCGCCAGAGCCGGUCUAAACGCCGUCCCACCGCGCCUAGAUCCCACCACGCAACUUCUAGACUUAGCAGAAAACCGUCUCACAACUCUCCGUGACGACGCUUUCGCAUCAGCUGGCCUUCUUAAUCUUCAACGGUUAUACCUUCCUGCGUGCAAUCUGCGUAGUAUACGACAGUUCGCGUUUCGUGCUCUAGUGAAUCUAGUAGAGCUGGACUUGUCGCGCAAUCGUCUAGAAUCGAUACCAUCACACGCCUUUGAUUCAAUACGAGAACUUCGAGAGCUUCGGCUCAGCGGAAAUCCGAUCACGAAAAUUAAAGAUGAAGCCUUUUCAACUUUACCGCAUCUAGUGAGACUUAGUCUUAUUUCCUGCAAAAUAUCUGAGAUAGAGCCAAGAGGAUUUAUCGGCUUAGAAGCUUCGUUGGAGUAUUUGGAACUUAGUAAGAAUAAGCUGCAGGUGCUCCAUGUUGCAGUUUUGGCACCUUUAAGAUCGUUAAAAGGGCUGGAAUUGGCAAACAAUCCAUGGGAUUGCAAUUGUGCUUUAAGACCACUGCGAGAUUGGAUGAUCAGAAAAAAUGUUCCUGCGACAAUUGUGCCGGACUGUGCUUUGCCUCCGCGUCUUCUGCAAUACUCAUGGGAUAGGUUGGAUUUGGAAGACUUUGCAUGUCUUCCAGAGGUAACUACGUCUUCGAGCAAUAUUAAAGGUGUUGAAGGCGAAGAAGUGACACUAGUUUGUAAAGUCACAGGAAUACCCGCUCCGAGGGUGCGAUGGUUACGUUCAGGAAGGUUAUUAGCUAAUAGCACGAAUGCUAGUUCAGGAAGAGCUUUCUUACUGCGGAGUGAGGGUCAAAUGAGCUCAUUAGUUAUAAAAUCAUCAGAAGUACAAGACUCUGGCCUAUAUACGUGUAACGCGGAAAAUCGAGCUGGGAAGGUAGAAGUUAUUUUAAAUUUAACUAUUGAUAGAAAACUGCCUAGUAAAGGGUUUGGAGGUAGAGCCCUGAUGGCGGGAAUGGCUGUAUCAGCAGUGGUAGUGUUAAGUUCGUGUCUAAUAGGUUUGUGUAUUUAUGAAACUCGUAAAAAAAGACAGAUAGAUAGGUGGAAUGAACAAAUAGUGACUUCGAGUCACAAUGAUAAUAAUUAUGAAAAAAUCGACGCUAAUGUAAAAAAUAACGUUGAAGUACCACGUGCAACGCCAACUGAAAACCGGAAAAGAGGUGACUAUAGAAACGUUCCUUCUCAUGAUCCAGAGGAGUAUAAUAGCUAUAGAAAAGGCGAUGGUCGAAGUGAGGAGAGAGUUGAAUCUACACCGCCAUUGGACAAACACUGGCGUAGAAAUGAAUUUGAAGUUUCUGGUUCUAGGUCUGCUGAAAUCGUUCAAGACUUACACAUACCUCGAAUGAGCCAGUAUACAUUGAGGUCGCAGAAAAAUGUCGAACCGAUGCAAAAUUCCAAGUCGACGGGCCUUUUAAGUGGUCGCGUAGAGAUGUUAUCAGAAAAUAGUCGAUUUAACAACAACGCUCGACCGUGUCCUCAACCUCGAAUACGUGAACGCCUCGAUAACGAUCUAUCUGGAAGCGACAGCGAAAAAAACUAUCCUGAUCUUAUAGAAAUGAGUGCAUUGAGUACUAGUUCAUACUUACGCGAUACGAAACAGGAUCCUUAUUAUUUUUAUACGAUACCAAGAAGAAAAGACGGGGACAGCCGGAGUCCUCUUCUCAGUAGCAGGAGAAAUAGCUCCGGUGGAGAUUCAGUAACAUAUCUAGAGAGAUAUGAGAAGAGUCGACAGAAGCCAUCUGGUAGGUCGAACAGUUUUUUAGAUCUAUCUAGCGGCGGAAGCCGUUUACGGCGAAACCCAAGUUUACCAGCAUCACCAAACAGGGAGCCAUCUUCUAUUCCGUCCGCCACCCCACUUCUUGAUCUGUCUGGCCUUCGAGAUUACACACAAACGAGUCCCCCCUUCGAAGACUUCGAUUUCCGAGCAUCGCAACUAGAAAGAUUUUUAGAAGAGUACAGAAGCCUUAGAGAGCAAUUAUCCAGAAUGAAGGAGACCCGAGAGAAUUUACAAAGAACGAGAGCAGUUGAGAACGAGGAGCUCAGAUCGAUUUUGAAAGGGAAACCGAGUAUAGCGGUCACUGAAACUUCUUCGUCUGUAGCUUUAGCAGAUGGCGCGUCUCCUCUAGCUCUAAGUCCACCCGAAUAUAAGCCCCAGCAGUCGCGACCAGACUGGCUAACAACGUUACUAUAUCGCAAUUAA